ACGAAAGGAAAUCUGCAGGUUUUCCGGAAAAUUUUAACAAGCGAUUUCGGUAAAAGCAAUGGAGCUUUUACAAAAAUGAGCGACAGCCAUGGAAGACACCAAAGAAUCGUGUAAAGAGAGACAAGAGAAUGAAUUAGAAGUGCUAAAGUCAAUUUUCGGGUCAGAUGUGCAAGACCUGCGUAACAUACAGAAAAAAUGGAAACCGCUAAAUUUGAAGAUACGUCUUACGCCGCAAAAGGGCAGUUCGGGAGACCAACAAACAUAUGUGAGCACGUCACUACAUGUGUCGUGUUCCAACAAAUAUCCGGCAAUUGUGCCGAAAAUGCAGCUGGAAGAUAACAAAGGCUUGUCCGACAUGCUGCUCGAGCAACUUCUCGAACUCCUGACGAAGCAAGCGAAAGAGCUCGAGGGCGAAGUGAUGAUUUUCGAGUUGACGCAAACCGUUCAGGAAUUUUUGCACAAACACAAUCACAAACCGCGUGGCAGCUUUUACGACGAAAUGCAAAAAAGAAACGAGGAUUUGAUGAAAUUGAAAGAAAAUGAAGAAGCGAUGAAGAAAAAACAGCUGCGUGAUGAGUUGCUGCGCCGCAAAGAAGAACUGAAGAACGAGACACGCAUUCGACGUGACACCAUGAAACGCAGCAUCAGCGAAUCGAGUCCCACACAUCGAACCUACAGCUCGUCAGAAAAUUCGGAAAACUCCCCGUUGUACAAAUUAAAUAAUUUAUCCAUAAGCGAAUGUGGCGAACACAAAAAAAGCGAAACAAUUUACUUCACGAACGUUGGUCGAAAAAUCCAGAAGGGAAUGUGCAUCGCGCACUCGGAAAAGGGAUGCAUCGCCUAUUCCGGCAUCGAUUUGGAGUCUGGACAGUUAUUUUACAUCACGGAAUGGUUCCUCAAGUACUCCGUCAUCGAGUCAAAAGGCAAACACGUUACAGAUCUCAUCACCGAACUCGAAUCCGAGAUGAAAAGUUUGUCGGAAUUGCAUCACAAGAACCUCAUUUCCUAUCAUUUCAUGCAAAUCGCGCACAAAAAAGAGGGUCUCCUCAUCUAUCUCGUGCAAGAUUACGUCUGUGGCUCGUCCGUCAGCAGCAUUUCAAGUUAUCUCGGAUGGACAUCGGAUGGCGCGAGUUUCGUUGCACGUGGAAUUCUCGACGCUCUGAUCUACUUGCACACGCAAGGAGUCACGCACGACAAUUUGUACGACUCUACGGUCUACAUCGACAAUAACGGGUGCGUAAAAGUGACAGAUUUCAAUUUAGUACCACUUUUGGAGGAGUUUGCCAGUGGGCAGCAACAAACAAAAUCAGAUUUAGUAGCAUUUGGAGCUCUUAUUGAGUCUUUGUCGCCGACGCCUGCCACUGAAAUGCGCGAUUUUAUCGAAAAAUGUAAAUCUACGAGAACGAUUUCCUUGACUGACUUGCUGGAACACCCGUUUUUGAGACCAAUUCUCUUCCAGGAGAACGAAAAACAACUAAAAGUGAAGGCAAAUAACAAAAUAGACUACGAGAGACCACCGUCCACGCAAUUAUUGCCAUAUGCCACGCCAGUAGUUACGACGGAAAAGUCCCGUCUUGACACGGAAUUCGAAUUUUUGAAUAAUUUGGGUAAGGGAGCCUAUGGAGAUGUGUUAAAAGUACGAAAUAAAUUAGAUAAUCGGCAAUAUGCGAUAAAGAGAAUCCCUUUACCGGCACGAAGUAAGCAACUUUAUCGCAAAAUGACACGUGAAGUUGAGCUACUUUCUCGAUUAAACCAUGAAAAUGUCGUUCGUUAUUACAAUUCAUGGAUAGAAAAGGCCGUUGUGCAAGGAGAUGCGAAAAAUAGUCAAAUGGAUACCGAUGACUGGUCUAUGAGCAACGAAAGGAGUAAUCGCUUGAAACCGCGCAUGCUGAAACAGACCAGCGAUGAGUCGAGUGACGAUUCUAGCGAUUGGAUUUGCAUGCCGAAAGAAAAUUCCGACAGUUCUGAUGGCAUAGAGUUCGUUGAUUCAAACGGCGCUGUCAUGAAAUACGCCGAAGACUCUGACAACGAUCCAAAUCCAUCGAAAGAAAAUAAGGAAAGUAACAACGAGAUUCAGUUUAUGUACAUUCAGAUGGAAUUUUGUGAGAAAUUGACGUUGCGAACGGCGAUCGACAACAAUUUGUAUGAAGACACGGACAGAUUAUGGCGUCUUUUCCGCGAAAUUUGCGAAGGAUUGUUUCAUAUCCAUCAACAAGGCAUGAUUCAUCGCGAUUUAAAACCCGUAAAUAUUUUCUUAGACUCCCGAGAUCAAGUAAAAAUCGGAGAUUUUGGACUUGCGACGACAAGUGUGUUAGCAUUACAAGACACAACGACCAUGCAAUCGUCAAAUCAACACAAUUCAAGCUCUCUCACGGGAAAUGUCGGCACUGCGCUAUACGUUGCACCUGAACUCGCUUCGACAAAUGCCUCAAAAUCGACUUACAAUCAAAAAGUUGAUCUAUAUUCGCUCGGAAUCAUCUUAUUUGAGAUGUGUUCACCUCCUUUAGCUACUGGCAUGGAACGUGUGAAGACAAUUUUGGCAAUUCGAUCUCCUUCGAUAACAUUACCGGACUACAUGUUGAAAGAUCCAAACAAAAGUCAACAAGUUCAACUGAUAAAAUGGCUCCUAAAUCAUGAUCCGAAGCAGAGACCAACGACAGAAGAGCUUCUCUCCUCCGAUUUGCUGCCAUCACAAAAACUCGAAGCAAACGAACUGCAGGAAAUGGUACGUCACGUACUCGCAAACCCCCAAAGCCGAAUUUACAAACAUUUAAUCGCGAGAUGCUUGGCACAAGAGAGCGAUAUUCUCACGGAAAUGACUUACCACACAGAUAUGAUGCCAAUUUUGCCACUUUUUGAGUUUGUCAAGACGAAAAUUUCAAAACUCUUUGUCUUGCAUGGCGGAAUUGAAGUUGUUACGCCACUUUUGACGCCAAUGUCGUCGACAAUUUAUCCAAAUACGGUCCGUUUGAUGACCCAUUCGGGCUCUGUGGUGUGUCUCCCUUACGAUUUACGUCUUCCUUUUAUACGACACGUCGCAUUGAACGGGAUUUCGUUCAUUCGACGUUACAGCAUUGGUCGCGUUUAUCGCGAAAAGAAAGUUUUUAACUUCCAUCCGAAACAAAUUUUCGAAGGAGCUUUUGAUAUCAUCACGCCGAACCGAGGAAACUUGUUAGCAGAUGCCGAGCUACUUUUUAUCGCGUACGACAUCGUGAAUGAGCUGCCAAUUUUAGCACAACGAAAUAUUUCCUUCCGCCUGAAUCACACAAGUCUUCUGCGAGCCAUUUUAUUGUAUUGCAAUGUGCCGCAAGGGCGCUACAACGACGUUUUAGCUCUAACGAACGACUUUUUAGAAGGAAAAAUGUCCAAAUUUCAACUAAAUUCUUCAAUCAACUCCAUUUUGGAUCAUUCGUCGAAACAUACGUCAACUUUGAUUGAAUUGUUGCAAGUUGAUACGACAGUAGCGAAUAUUAACAGCACCGUGCUACGAACUUUGAUCAAGGGACGCGGCGAAGCAGCUCAAUUAGCCAAAGUUGCCAUCAAAGAGGUUGAAUUCGUUGUCAUGUUGGCACAAACUUUCGGCGUUACUUGUCCAAUGCACUUAAAUGCCGGUUUUGGCGGCGGCGAAAACUUAAAUUUGAAGUCUGGCGGGAUCGUGUGGCAAAUGACGGGCGAUCUGAAAGCAGGAAGACACAACAAAUCGACGACUUUGGCAGCUGGCGGGAGAUACGACGAUAAAAUAUUGGAGAGUCAGAAAAUUGCGAGCAACACAGGAAUCACAAUCCCAAAUCGCGGUAUGAGCGGAUGCGGAUUUUCCUUUGCGCUCGAUAAACUCGUUUACGCUCUCCGCCUUUCCGAAGACGAAAUCAAACACAGUUCCGUGGAUAUUGUCAUCUGUGUCGUUCCCGGAUCGCCCAUCAAGGAAGUUGCUCAAACGCUGCGCACUUUUUGGUCUGCCGGUUUGAAAGCUGGAACCGCAGAGGCAAAUUCCUUUAACGAAGCACAAGACAUGGCGAAGGAUUUGUGUGCGAAACACGUCAUUCUACUUGGAGCUGGAGGCGAAUUUCGCGUUCGUACAUGGGAGAAAAAUCAAUUUCAGGAGAAGAAAGUGAUGAAACACGAACUUAUCUCGUAUUUGUCGAACGUUCCAAACAGCCAGACACUCAUGACGUCGUCGACAUCGAAUUUUGGGCAUGCCACAAAUAACAUCGUGAACUCCGUCAAGAUCAACAAUCAGUUUAAUACGUGCCUGCCAACGCUGGAUUACGUCUUCAGACUCUCGGAAAAGGUAUCGACGAGCAAACGGAAGCGGUAUGAAGGACAAAUUGAGCAAACGGUGUCUCCGAUUUUGUCGAAAUUUGCUAAAAAGGAGAAAAUUACGAUAAUUGCUGUGGAAUUGGGCAUGAAUGUGGUAAAAGCAAUGAUAGCUACGAUCGAUCCUUGUCCCGAAAGUCUCGAAGAUGACGCCAUCUCCGGUCUCAAUCAAUUAAUUGAGAAGUUCCCGAAACACAAAAAAGUGAUAAAAGACGUCUACGAUGAGAUUUACGACAUUUUAGCUGACACCCAAAACUCAUCCAUCGUUGGAAUCUACUCAAUUGUCGAUUGUUACUACCGAUUACUUUUAUAAAAAACUAAAAAAUAAAUUUUCUUUCAUAACUCAAUUUGCUCGAAUUUUUGAAAGAAAUAAUUGUUAGAUAAAAUUUCACGCAAUUCGUUCAAGAUUUAUAAUUAUUUAA